AUGCGUUUGUUCGUACUCGGCCUGCUGGCCCUGGGCUCCGUCCAGGCCUUCUCCGUGGUGAGAACCAUCCAAUCCCAGCCACAUCCUCAGCUGGUGGCCUAUGCACCGUCCCGUGGCGAGUUUCCCGUGGCAAGUGGCCUAGCCCAGGGCUAUGUCCGCUAUCUGGACGGCACGGGAGCGGAGCGCCUGCUGGCCUACAACUAUCCCGAGCCGCUGCACGGCAUCCGUGCCAGCCCCAGCCUUUUGCGAUCUGGCCUGGCGGAAGAGCAGCAGGACACUGCCCUCUUUCGGGCCUGGUGCGAGCAGCGCUACAACGUCAUGCGUCUCGAACUGGAGCGCCUGCGCGCCCAGGGACUGAAGCCCUCGCCCCAAAUGAUGGCCCAGUUCGAGCCCCUCGAGCAGAUCGUCAAGUUCUCGGCCUUUGAUGCAGUGCCUGGUCUCAGUCCGGAGGUACAGCGUGCCCGUGACGAGCAGUUGCGUAUCUGGAACGAAGCGCGGCUGGAGGUACUGCGCGCAGAACAGGCACAGCAGAUUAUGGGUCACUACACAGACUUCAAGCCCCAAGAGAACAUCGUCCAGGUGAAGACUGCCCAAAAGGAGGCGAUCCCAGUGAUCUACGGCCAGCAGCAACAGUACCAGAUCAAGAGCUCCAACCCUCUGGUGGCCACGAAGACCACCACCAAUGAGGCACCCCAUCCUGUGGAGGAAACCCCAGAGGUGAAGCUGGCCCGCGAGGAGCAUCUCAAGCAGUUCAACGAGGCCCUGCUCCGUCAACCUGCCCCUGCGCCCGAGACUCCCAUACUAAAGACCAUUCCUGGCAUUCAGCAGCCGCAACCCAUCGCCACCUAUCCUCAGGCCACUAUCAAGACAGUAACCUAUGGGGAUCAGCAGGUCCCACAACCCGUGGAGGAGACCCAGGAGGUGACGCUGGCCCGGGAAGAGCAUCUCAAGCAGUUCAACGAAGCUCUGCUCCGCCAACCUGCCGAUGAACCCAUUCUUAAGACCACACCAGUACUGCAGCAGAAUCUUUUCACUCCUUCCCACGCCAGCAUUCAGACCAUUCAGUCACCUCAACCUGUGGAGGAGACUCCGGAGGUGAAGUUGGCCCGGGAAGAGCAUCUCAAGCAGUUCAACGAGGCCAUUCUCAGACAACCCAUUGAUGUUCAGCAGCAGCCGCUGAUACCGAUUGCGCCCUUUGCUCCUUUGCCAAAUUUGAAGGUUGGCCUCGUCCAGGGACCCCAGCCAAUCCAGGACACUCCCGAAGUUAUUCGGGCCCGCGAGCAGCACCUCAUCCUGCUUGGCCAGGCCAAGCUGAAGGCCGAGGACAAAGUGGCCGAUAUCGAGGACCUGAUUCGCCUCGAGGAGCGCGAGCGGGACAACGAGAAGCUGCGGGAAAAGGAGCGGCAAGAGAUGGAGCAGAAGGAGGCUGCACUGGAGCAGUUGCGGGAACAGGAACGCCUCAUCCAGGAGACGCGCCUCCUCGAGACCGAACGUCUCAAGAUCGAGGAAGAAGACCGCCAGCGGCUGUACUCCGAGCGGGAGGCUGAGCAGCAGGAGCUGAAAAGCACCAACUAUGAGACGGAGACUCCCGCCGACAGCUCCCUUCCCAUCUUCCUGAAUGUCGGUGCCGGUGCCGAUGCCGCGCAGGGUAACAUCAAGAUCCUGGCCUCCCAGCCAGCUCCUGCUCCAGCACAGCCGCAAGGACAGACCAUCAGCCAGCAGCAGUCGGUCCAGAACGGAUUCUUCCUGCGCAUCCAUACGAAUCAGCCCAAUGCCAUCCAGAGCUCCACGGCACCAAUCAGUGGUCCAUCGAUUGUCUAUACGGACAAGGGACUGGGAAAUCCUUUCCUGGUUCGCUACACCGAACAGUUACAGCAGCCACUCCAGGUCCUCCCAUCCUCCUCGAUUCCUAUCGCGAGUACUGGAGCCAGCGAACUGGAGCUGGCCACCCGGGAACACCUGCGUGCCCAUGAGAUCGCGCUGGAGCAGCUGCGUCUGGCCAAUCUGGGGAAUCCCUGGAACCCCGACUGUGACCACUGA